GUGGGUGUUCGGCGCCGCGUUUUUCGGUUUGUUUUCGGCACUGUCUUUUGGUAACCGCCAACGCCAGCGAAAACUCUCCAAGAGUUCUUCCGUAAAAGCAGCCCAUUCUUUUUUAGCUCAAGACUGAAGCUCGAGGGAGUCACCAUUUGCGUGAAAUUGGGACAGGAUUUCCCAAACUUCUCUUCGGGGGAGAAAAUAAUCUAUCGGCGGGCGAGAUUAAAUUCUCAGCGUAUGGUCCGCCAUUUACUUGAAGUUCUUUAUUUUGCCUUAACAAUGAGGAAUUUUGCAUUUUAUUUUUAUGACAUUGUUUUCUGGAAAAUGUUUAAGCCAUCCGUUAAAUUAGUACACCCUCUCCGGUGAACCAGUUCUUUUCCUGUGGCUUCAAUGCCUUUUCACCCCCUCCCCACCCUUUGAGUGUUGCUUUGUACAGAACCCCUUUGAGAUGCGGAAGAACCAAAUUCUGACCACUGUCACUUAGUAUCUACACUACUUUUAAGCUUUACCUAAGGUUUUGACGAUUUAGCAUGAGGCCAAGGUUCUAGUCUCAGUGGGUAGUUUCCAUGGUUGACUUGCUCUUGUCUGAUCUAGUGUUGUCUCUCUUCAACUGCUCUGACAUGGCAGCUGGAUUGGUCAUGCAUAAAAUUGUAAUAGUUCUAACGGUUUAGUUAGUAAAACUGCCAAAUUCUGGAAAUGUUACUAAUGUAGAAGAGACCAGGAGAAAUUAGAUCCCAGAGAUUUCUGGGUGAGCAGUUAUGGCAGCAUGUAUUGGCAAGUAUUUUGCCAAUAUCAGUUUUUUGGGUUUUUUUCCAUUUGCUCUUUAAGAGUUUUUGGUUUGUUGGUUGGUUGGUGUUAAAAAGAUAAAUGUAUAUGCCAUUUAAAAGCCUCUAAAUGUUCUGCUUGUUCCAUUUAGCUAAGCAAUGAAAGGUAGUAUUACCUCAUUGUAUAGACCAAGAACCCAAACUUUGCCUGAAGUUUUAUGGUUUUCAAUUUCCCAUGUAUAAAUUAGAGUUGGUGCUUGCAAUGGUCCUUUCCCCAUUAUUCUAAAAAGAUGAGUGAGCAAAACUGAAUUAAUCUCGUGUUUUUAUUUUUCUUGUUCCUUCCAGGUAUGGGAAAAGGGAAAAUAACCUCAUUCCCCCAAAAAUAUUUUUAAAAUCAUAGAUCUCUUUUAUUUUCAAGUGGUUGGACACUUAAAGAAGAUUGUUUGAAGACUGCUUUUGGAAUCAAAUAGCAUGGAUCCCAGCAGCGACUACCAUUUCCUCAAUCAGAUUUUGUGGAGAAGGGUGAAACUCACAUUGGUUUGUGGCAUCUUUGAGGGAGUACUCCAGCAUGUGGACCCUAACAAGAUUGUUGUCCUAAAGAAAGUGAAGAAUGUGGAGACUGGUCGAAGUGUUCCAGGAGUGAAGAUGUUUUUUGGGCACGAGAUUGUGAACGUGGAACUGCUGGAUGAAGUGGAACAAGGUGCAGAGAGAGAAAAGGCAUCUUCUGUUAGUCUAAAUAUAGAAAGAACAAGGAUGGAUAAAAUGAAAGGUGAAGAUCUAAACAUAUGUGAGCCUUCUUCUCCUGUCCCUGAGUCACCAACCACCUCUCUGCUGAAUCACCUCAAGUAUAGCCCAUCAGAAGAAGAGGAGGUGACAUACACAGUCAUUGAUCAGUUCCAGCAGAAGUUUGGUGCUGCAAUGCUUCACAUCAAGAAGCAGAGUGUCCUGAGUGUGGCAACAGAAGGUGCUAAUGUGUGUCGUCAUGGGAAGCUGUGUUGGCUUCAGGUAGCCACAAAUAGCCGAGUUUACUUAUUUGACAUUUUCCUUCUGGGAAGUCGUGCUUUCAACAAUGGACUUCAGAUGGUAUUAGAAGACAAGAGAAUUUUGAAGGUUAUCCAUGAUUGUCGUUGGCUUUCUGAUUGCCUCUCUCAUCAGUAUGGGAUUUUGCUGAAUAAUGUCUUUGACACACAGGUGUUACCUGUAUUCUUUGGCUUGUGGCUCCUGCCAUCUUCAGAGUGCACCACUGCAACCUCUGCUUCUAUCACCCGAUCGCCUUCUCCCGUAGCAGAUGUCCUUCAGUUUUCCAUGGAAACAGGUGGCUUUCUUCCAAAUUGCAUCAGUUCUUUACAGGAGAGUUUAAUCAGACACCUUAAAGUAGCCCCUAAAUAUCUCUCCUUUCUGGAAGAGAGACAAAAAUUGAUUCAGGAAAAUCCAGAAGUGUGGUUCACACGACCUCUUUCACCAUCUUUACUGAAAAUUUUGGCCCUAGAGGCUACCUACCUACUACCCCUUCGUUUGGUACUCCUGGAUGAGAUGAUGUCUGACCUAACCACCCUUGUGGAUGGUUAUCUAAACACCUAUCGAGAAGGGUCCGCAGAUCGCCUGGGAGGCACCGAGCCUACAUGUAUGGAGCUUCCAGAAGAGCUUCUUCAACUCAAGGAUUUCCAGAAGCAGCGCAGAGAGAGAGCUGCAAAAGAAUAUAGGGUGAAUGCACAGGGACUCCUAAUAAGGACAAGGAUACAUCCAAAGAAAUCAGUGCCAGAGACAGCAGGGAAAGAGGAAAAAGUAGGGUUUUCCUUACUUUGUAAAAAUUCUGUACUAGAUGAAACUCAUCAUGUAAAUUUGCUGAAAGAAGAAUCUAAGAGUAAACAAACUUCAACAGAGCCUCAACAUGUACCUCCCAUGAAGGAAGAAACCAACGAGGAUUCUAUCAAUAAACUCAUUUGCCCUGAGUCAGAGAGGCUAGAGGAUCAGAGAAUAGCUCAAAAAGAACACAGUAAGACACCCAAACAGGAGUUUCAGACAAGUUUAUCUUUGAAAGAGGAGAUAGAACAGUUACUGAUGGUGCAAAACCAGGAAGAUCUAAAAUGCACAAAACAAGAUACUUCAGUGUCUCCUUCCCUUCCUCAGGAAACCAGAGUCUCUCCAAGUGACACCUUUCAUCCUUUUAGAAAAGCCGUGUUUCCUACGUUUCCUCCCUGUCCAGCCUUGGAGAAAACGGAUUCUUGGAUAAAUCCCUCUCCAAAUCUGUCUUAGAAAUGCGUGAUUUGUUUUUGAGACCAUGAAGGUGGCUCACUUCUUCUACCAGCAGUACCUUCCUCAGAGCUUAAGUUUGUCAUGUUGGAAAUUUAGUUUUGCCUCAGUCACGAAGGAACGCCUUAGGGAAAAUGAUAUUCUAUUGCUUACUUCUACAUGCCUGGAAUUUGAUUAGGAUGGGAAUGAAUAAGUUAAAUAAUGGAAGAAGUAAAUUUUUUUAUUAUGUCACUGUGUGGAAAUAUUUCCGGUGGUCAGAGCAAAUUAUUUCUCAUAAUUUGGGUUUGGAGGAUUUGAGGAGGGGAAAAAUCUCGGGCUUAGUAUCUGGAAGCUAUAUGCUUUUAAACUUCUUGUUUUGUUUUUGUUUUUUUGUUUUUAUUUUUAAUAAUUUAAGCUCUAUGCCCAACCUGGGGCUCCAACUCACAACCCCAAGAUCUGAAGUCACAUGCUCUACUGACUAGCCAGCCAGGCACCCCUACUUUUAGACUUUUGUUGUAUUUUUUGGUCUGAAAAAGGUUGGUAAAACUUUUGCCAAUAAGUUUAAAAAAAUUGGGAACUGAUAACUUUACCAGUACUUUUUUCCUUAGUAACAUUUUCCUAAAAUAUUAACUUUAAUUUAUCAAUUGUACCUCAAAAAAGCUGAGAAAAUACCGACUUUUUAAAAAUUUUAUUGUUUUGUCUGUUUUGUGUCAUAGACAGACACUAGUUAAUAUUAUUAACAGGCAUCAGUAUCCCAGUUUUAAUUUCUUUUGAUUCCCUUUACUUUUAGAAGGUUUUGUCCAUUUUUGUAAGAAAGCAGGGGCUUCUUUUGAGUAUGUUUAUUAUGUAAACUUGAAGUUUGAUUCCCCUCUUUUGCCUGGAGUUGGUAUACUUUUUUUUUUUAAUUAAAAAUUUUUUUUUUCAUUUUAAGUAGACCACACCCAAUAUGGGGCUUGAACUCACGAACUUGAGGCUAAGAGACACAUUUUUCUACCAACCAAGCCAGCCAGGCACCCAGUUGGUAUACUUUUUUAGGGUGAAAGGAAGGCAGCUUGUACGGAGCCCUUUUUAUAUUGAAUACUUGCAAGGUGCUCACGUUCUAUUGUAUACAAUAACCAAUAAACCUGUUUUGGCAUUGGA